AUGCCCGGGCGGCGGUUGUGGUGGCGGCGGCGGCGGGGGGCGCUGGCGGAACCCGCUGGCAGUUACUCCUGCAUGGCGGCCGUGCUGGCUUUUUUGCUCUUCCUGCUGCCCACCAGUUGCCCGGCGGUGGGCGCCCAGAAUGACACCGAGCCCAUCGUGCUGGAGGGCAAGUGUUUGGUGGUAUGCGACUCUAGCCCGUCCGCCGACGGCGCCAUUACUUCAUCGCUGGGCAUCUCCGUGCGCUCUGGCAGCGCCAAGGUGGCCUUCUCGGCCACGCGCAGCACCAAUCACGAGCCGUCUGAGAUGAGCAACCGCACCAUGACCAUCUACUUCGACCAGGUAUUAGUUAAUAUUGGGAACCAUUUUGACCUCGCUUCCAGUAUAUUUGUAGCACCAAGAAAAGGAAUCUAUAGCUUCAGUUUCCAUGUUGUGAAAGUAUAUAACCGACAAACUAUCCAGGUCAGUUUAAUGCAAAAUGGCUAUCCUGUGAUUUCUGCUUUUGCUGGAGAUCAAGACGUUACCAGGGAAGCAGCCAGCAAUGGAGUCCUGCUUCUUAUGGAAAGAGAAGACAAAGUCCAUCUCAAGCUGGAGAGAGGAAAUCUCAUGGGUGGAUGGAAAUAUUCAACCUUUUCAGGGUUCUUAGUCUUUCCAUUAUAA